GGCGCUCAGGGCCUCAAGCCACUGCUGCGGAGUACUGCAUCCUCUAAGCAGAUACUAGUACUAACUAGUAAGCAAUGGCCCCCACCGUGAUGGCCUCGUCGGCCACCUCCGUCGCUCCAUUCCAGGGGCUCAAGUCCACCGCUGGACUCCCCGUCAGCCGCCGCUCCAGCAGCUCUGGCUUCGGCAACGUCAGCAACGGCGGAAGGAUCAAGUGCAUGCAGGUGUGGCCGAUUGAGGGCAUAAAGAAGUUCGAGACCCUGUCCUACCUGCCCCCUCUGACAACGGAGGACCUCUUGAAGCAGAUCGAGUACCUCAUCCGGUCCAAGUGGAUCCCUUGCCUCGAGUUCAGCAAGGUCGGGUUCGUCUACCGUGAGAACAACAGGUCCCCAGGGUACUACGACGGCCGCUACUGGACCAUGUGGAAGCUGCCCAUGUUCGGCUGCACCGACGCUACCCAGGUGCUUAAGGAGCUCGAGGAGACCAAGAAGGCCUACCCGGACGCUUUCGUCCGCAUCAUCGGCUUCGACAACGUUAGGCAGGUGCAAUGCAUCAGCUUCAUCGCCUACAAACCACCGGGUUGCGAGGAGUCCGGCGGUGCCUGAGGAUGUUGGGCAGUCAGCUCACUCGUGAGCGACCGUGAAGUGUCUAUUCGGUUUUGGCAAACUUUGACGCUUGUUUCGAGUCCUUUUGUUUCUUUCUUCGUCAUAUGACUGUGUAUGUACGUAUGUACAUGUAUCAACGUAGGCUGAGGAGCAUGCAUAUGUGAAUGCUAGCGCCGGCUACACAUAUACACAUACACAUCGUAAUGUAUUGUACAAUUCCUCCAUUACCUCUUGCUGUAUAAUUAUCUCCAUGUAUGUAUUAAUAAUAUCCAGUAUACUCCUGCAAAUUUGAUGCUUUCA